AUGUCCAGCGACCGUGAGAAGCUCUGCUUGGUGAGCCUUCGCAAGGAAAUAGAGGCGCUGGGAUAUCGCGACGGGGACACCCUUUUCGGAGCUCCGUACGACAUGAGGCACGCACCGCCGCCGCCUGGCCAGCCAUCCGAGGUGUACUCCGACUACUUCGCUCGUGUCAAGGAGCUGGUGCAGCACGCGAGCGAGAAGAACCAGAACAAGCCGGUCAUCCUCAUCGGCCACAGCUUCGGCACCAGGGUCGUUCUCGACUUCGUCAAUUCAACCCCGUUGCCAUGGAGGGAGAAGUACAUCAAGCACCUGUUCCUCAUCUCGCCUGCAGUCCCCACGGGCUUCACGAUGGCCCUCACCCACCUCACCGCCGGCCCGUCUGUCUUCCCAGUCGCUACGGUUCCGUUCAUGGAGUUGCGGGCAUUGCGGAGAACUUUUGCCAGUUCUCUUUUGGCCAUGCCGUCUCCCGUGGCCUUCGGGGACAAGCCCAUCAUAAUAACCCAACGCAAGAACUACUCGGCGUAUGACAUCGAGGAUUUUCUUCUGGCCCUCGGUUUCAGCGCCGAAGAAACCGUGCCCUUUGUGAAGCGGGUGCUUCCGACGAUGCUGAACGUGGAGGCGCCAUUGGUGCCAACGACGUACAUCAUCGGUACGGGGAUCCAAACAUCGGAGCAGCUGGUGUUCUGGGAAGGUAACUUUGACGUGGCUCCAGAGAACGUGUACGGCGAUGGAGACGGGUCCAUUAAUUUGGUCAGCCUGUUAGCAUUUGAGAAGGAGCUGCGUAGGCAGCAAAAUCAGAAUAAUGCGCCCUACAAGUUCGUCGCCAUUGCUAAUGCUACGCACUCCGGUAUUGUCAUGCAGGAACAUUUGCUCAGGAGGGUUAUGAAUGAAAUUCUCGAAGCAAAUCGCUGA